CGAUACGCCGCCCGUUUGUUUGUCUUUUAACCUCCCGACCUCCUGACCUGCUGGGCACCUCACGAGUCACGAUACGCCGCCGAUCCGAAGUCCGACGUCCGCCGCCCGCCGCUGCACCGUGCAGGACUGCAGGAUAUAUAGACGAGGUGGGAGGAAGAAAGUACCGCUGGAGGAGAGAGGAGAUGGGGCUGACGUUCACCAAACUGUUUAGCGGCGGGCUCACCAAUAAGGAGAUGCGGAUCCUGCUGCUGGGUCUCGACGCUGCCGGAAAGACCACAAUCCUCUACAAGCUUACGCUUGGCGAGGUCGUCACCACAAUCCCCACCCUAGGGUUCAAUGUUGAAACAAUGGGGUACAAUAACAUGAGCUUCACUAUGUGGGACGUCAGCGGUCAUGCCAAGGUCAGGCCUUUGUGGACACAUUACUACGGGAACACGCAGGGUAUCAUCUUUGUGGUGGACAGCAGCAAUAGGGACCGUGUUGCUGAUGCUCGGUAUGAGCUCCACAGGAUGCUGAAUGAGGAUCAGUUACGUGAUGUUGUUUUGCUUGUGCUCGCUAACAAGAAAGAUCUUCCAAAUGCUAUGGAUGCUGCUGAGAUUACUGAUAAGCUUGGGCUGCACUCCCUUCGCCAGCGACACUGGCACAUCCAGAGCACUUGUGCUACAACAGGUGAGGGAUUGUAUGAAGGUCUGGAAUGGAUGUCCAACACUAUUGCUAGCAAGGCUAUAUUUUCACUGAGAUUUUUGAUGAAUGAGCUAGGAGCUUUGGUUAGAUCGUUCACCGGGAACCUAGGGGCUUCGUUUCAGGAUUUAUCCAGACACGGCCGCGACGAUACCGCUUAAACUAAUCCGCAUGUCCAAGCACGGCGUCCGUAUAAAUUUGUUCACCGGAACAUAAUGAGCAGACACUAGCUAGUUUGUACACUGCUAUUUCCUCUUUGUAAUAAUUUGUUACAUAUACAUUUCUAGACAUUAACAAUUUUUCAUUUUGAGAGAAAACUUGCAUAUAGUCUGUACUC